GAGCCGAGUGAAUCACACCAGUGUGGAAGUUGAAACCGACCAGUUUCACAGAAUUUCACUUGAACGAACCAACAUUUUAACAGACAUUUUAAUCGGGCUGCCUGGAAGUAGGCUAGACCUACAGACUGUCGAUCAACUUUCUGGACGUGUACAAUCCAGUGUAAAACAGAAAACUAAAGCGCCUGCUACUAGUGAAAACGUUUGAAGGAUCAUCUUGAAGCGUUUCUCAACCAAGAGUAAUAUUUUAACCUACAAACUGUGCUGCGUCUGGUUAAGACGGGAUAUUGGAAUUAUUUGGGUAUAUUCAAAGACUUUAAAAUGGUCUCCACGCGUCUUGUGGUGAUCUGGAGCUGUUUCCUACUAUGUUUGCAGAAAAGUCUCGCAGACGUCACAGACCAAAGCUGUACCAAGACAUUUGAGAAAGGCCAAGACAACUUUGUCCUAAAUACGAUCGACUCCGUGAAGGAGGGAGCAACAUAUAUUGAUGCGCUGAAGGUGAGCCCCAAGGAAUGUGUCGCUGCCUGUUGUCGAGAUCUGAACUGUAACCUGGCAUUGAUCAACAAAACUGGCGUUGAGCAGGAUCUACCAGAUUGUUUCCUCUUUGAUUGCUUGUACAAGCAGAAGUAUGUGUGCAGAUUUGUGAGAAAGGAUGGCUUCAUCAAUUACAUCCUUGACUCCGUCUAUGACAACUACCUGGAUGGACCAACAACUGACCCAGGUGAAGAUGACAAGCAUCCCAUCGCUGACGUGGGGCAGGACAUGGUGGUCCAGCCCAAUGAAAUAGUCACCCUAAAUGGACACCAGAGCUGGGAUGACGAUAACAUCAUCAGUUACAUGUGGAGCCAGGUGUCCGGAGACCCCUCUGUGAAGAUGCAGAAAACUAAAUUAAAGGACCAAAUCGAGCUGUCCAACCUAAAGCCCGGUGUGUAUAAGUUUGAGCUGAAGGUCACCGACACCAGUGAUCAGACAGAUACUGCACAGGUCACUGUUUUAGUCUUGACACCUGAGCAGUCUGAGGGUCAGUGUCUGGCCCCUAAGAAAGUGGGCCUCUGUCGCGGGUCUUUCCCCCGCUGGAACUACAAUGCUGUGACUGACCAGUGUGAGGAGUUCAUGUUUGGUGGAUGCAAGGGCAACCGCAACAAUUACCUGUCCGAGAAGGAGUGCAAUGAUGCCUGCAAAGGUGCCUCAGCUGUUGCAUCUGGAAGGAAUAUCGCUCCAGCAACUGAAGUGUGUGGGAAGAUGUGCCAGGCGGAGCAGUUCAGGUGCGAUAACGGCUGCUGUCUGGACAAGACUCUGGAGUGUGACGAAGUGGCCCAGUGCAGUGAUGGCUCAGACGAGGCUGACUGCAGGGAGUUGAAUAACACUCUUACCCGGCUGUUGGAAGUGGAUUUGAACAAAUGGAAAGCUCGUUGCACGGAACCUCCGGUCACUGGCCCGUGUCGAGCAAGUAUGACCCAAUGGUACUACGACCCUCUCAGCCGCAAGUGUCAUCGUUUCAACUACGGUGGCUGCAGCGGCAAUGACAACAACUUUGAGCAAGAGGAUGACUGCAUGGACCGCUGCAAAUCUGUCACAGAAACUGAUGUCUUUGCUCGAGGGCUGUUUGAGCGUCAUGAGCAAGAAGAAACACAGUCAGGGUCCGUUGCCAUAGCAGUGGUGCUGGGUGUGUGCAUCCUGGCCAUCCUGGCCUUGCUGGGCUACUGUUUCCUGAAGGAGCGCAGGAAGAAGGGUCAGCACAUGCGUGUGGCCACCAACGGCGCCCAGCUCCCACUGACGGACGACUCCGAACACCUGGUUUACAAGGCUACUACCAAGCCUGUCUGAGAUGCUACAUUGGUUCGGGCCUCAAAUGUUAAGUGUGUGUGUGUGUGUGUGUGUGUGUGAGAGAGAAAGUGUGUGUCAUCCACGCAAGUAAAUGCACAAUAGUUUUAGCACAAUUUGUGCUGGCUGUCUGAUUCUUCUCACUCUGUGUGUGCUCAUUAGUUUUGAAUUGGACUAGAGCAGGGGUGUCAAACUCCUUUUGGUUCAGGGGCCACAUACAGCCCAUCUGAUCUCAAGUGGGCUGGACCAGUGAAAUAAUUGCAAAACAUCCUUUGACAACUCCAAAGUAGGCUAUGCUUUACCCUUCAGCCUACAUUUGUAGCCUACAUAAUCACAAGGGAUAUAUUAGAUUAUUACACAUUUAUUCAGAGAGGCCAAUGAAAUUGAAAUAAAAUGCAUUUCACUCUCAUAAACAACUGGUUUAUUUUUUAUAGUUGUGUGGAUAGGCCUACAUUUUUACAUCUGACCACCUGAACCAACUCACCACACUAAACUCAAGUGGGAGCUAUGAAGAAAGUUAACAUCCUGCCUUAAAAAUGUAAAUGUGCAAAUGUAUGAAAAAUAAAAUUAAUUUAACAAACAUAAGUUAGCAGUGCAUGAGCAAUACGAUCAACUGAUACGAUUAGGUUACAUCAGAUCAAAUAAUUUUGUAGGCUAGGUGGCGGUGCUGUGUUAUAGGCUAUCCACCAUAAAGGCCAGAUCCUGCACCCAUUCCGGGCAUUUAAAUUGCUACUGGUCUGCCUUUUUUCUCCAAGAACUGUCCAAUUUCCUCUCGUAGUUCAAAGAAACGCUUGAGUACGGCACCUCGGCUUAACCACCGUACUACAGCGUGGUAUGGUAAGCCAGACAGAAUGCCAUUAUCACUGAGAAAACAGUCAAACUGACGGUGAGUCAGACCUCGCGACCUGAUUAAAUUUACAGUUUGCACAACCACACUUUAACAUGAUCCAAGUUUAGUGUUUUACAACACAACACUUCCUGGUGCAAAAUACAAUAAAAUGCCCAAACAUCUUGUCCUCCGUUUGCAGGCUGCACUUUGUCUCUGAAUUUUGUCGCAACGCCUGCUUUUCUCCCGACAAUGUAGCCAAACUGACAGCACAGGACCAGCCAACUCUGAACUUUUUUUUAGUUUUUUGGCUGCGCCUAGCGGCUGAAUUGAGCAUUUCGGUUAUUUCUUUGAAAAUUCAUAACUCCUCACAGGAAUGGGCUAGAGAUUUUUUUUUUUUUGACAUCGUCAGAAAUUUAUUCUCUACAAGUCUGGGCCGGAUUAAACCAUCUAGCGGGCCGCAUCCGGCCCGUGGUCCGUAUGUUUGACACCCCUGGACUAGAGGAAUAUACACACAUAUAUAAGCAUCUAUAUGGUUUUGUGUGUUUGAGUGUAUGCAGCUGUGUGAGUGGGUGCAAGUUUUUAACUAGAAGUCUUUCUAAGAAGCGCUGUUGCUCCAAGUUAAUAAUCUGAUUGCAGCAACUUCCUCAUUCCUACAAUGGCUACCUGUGCACAGAAAUGAAAAUGUCCAUGUUUUGCAUAUGGUGCCAAGGUUAGUCAGCAUCAGGCAUCUCUCUCUCUCUCUCUCUCUCUCUCUCUCUCUCUCACUGCUGAAGGGAUAGUGUAAGAGGGGAUAGUGUGCACUGACUUUCAGGGCAAUGUUUGUCAUUGCUUUCAUCAGUUUCUGUUUGCUCAGGAUAAGGGAACUCACAACUGUACAUAACAUAUUGUAUAUCACACACAUUUUCUUAUGUAGUAAAAAACAUUUCGGGCAAAUAUGUACUACGAUUCAACACCAAGCCAUAUGUUUUUAUCUUUGAGAAUACUGGUAAAAAAAAAUUACAUAGAUUUUCCACUUAAUCUGGUUUGUUGUCAUGAUGUGUGUACACCAUGUUACCACACACACACCAGAGUUUCAUUUUUACACUGAUGUUUUUACUGCUGUGUUUUCAUUUAGAGAGCUCCAUUAUUUUCUCACUAAGUUUGUGAUUGAAUUAUUUGUGUUAUGAUACAUUUGGUGAAUAUUUCCUUUUUAUUAUUAUUAUUAUUCCUCCUCCUUUUAAAGGAGGUAUGGUGAAAUAUUUAUAUAGUACAUCAAAUAUCUGAUUUAUAAUUGUAAAUAAUAUCACACAUGAAUUCAUCAAUAAAUUAAUUAUGAUCAAAUACAAUCAGCAUAUUUUUUCCCCGCUUAUUUUGCCUAUAGUCAGCUAAUGCACGUUUUGAAUACUCUGUGGAGAAAGGUGGCAUCUCACAUGUUUACAGGUGUCCUGAAGGGGGCAGUAGAGCCCAGCCUGACGUGCACCCGACGCAAGGUGGCGUAAAGCACGACUUAAGGCUUAUUCUUAUCUUACACUCAAUAAAGUGGGGAAUUGUUUGC